UGUAGACGUGACACCAGUUACUGCUUCUGACCAGAUCAGGCAAACAGUGAAGGACUUCAGUUACUGUGCAAGAUGAGAGGUUCACUGUUACUGCUUAGUGCUCUGUUACUGCUGGAGUCCACAGUGGAAAUGAAAGAAUAUCAACUAGGCCAACCUGAGACAAACAAAAUUAUUGACAAGGCAAUAAAAGCAGCCAAUGAGAGACAUGGAAAAACCAAACACCUUGAUUUUGACUCCAUUUUAAGUUCUAAUUAUGACAAGCGCAUGCUUAAUGUGUUAUUAAAACCCACCACAUGUGUCAAGACAAAAUCGUUUGUCCAUCGGAAAGACUGUAAAAUCCAAAAUAAGGCUACACCUCAAGUUUCUUGUGUUGAAUGUCGGGGAGAGAUGACCUGUUUCCUUCUCAGAGAACAAGGAAAGAUUAAACAAACUGUAUCCAAUUGUUUGAAUCCCCCAAAGAGAUCCCAUAUUACUGGGGGUGAAACUCUGUUGUCAAAAACAGCAGAAAAUUACCAACAAACUGGAUGUCUGGGAUGCAUCUGAGAAAUAAAAACGAUCAAGGAUCUUUGCAACUGGUUAUGUGAAUUAAAAAAAAAAAAAAAAAAAAAAAAAAAAUUAUUUAAAAAAUUUAAUUAUGAAGAUUAAUGUGUUUUUGCUUAAUUAGCAUUUUUCAAAAUAUGUGUCAGUGUAAUUAUGUAAUUUUAAGAGAAAUAGGGAAAAUAUAGCCUUCAUUAGUAUGUCCUAUGCUGAAUAACAAACAAGUCAAAUUAAUAAUUGUUUAAAAAAAAAAGUCUAAUUUUAAAAUGUCUAAAUAUUCUUCAUAGGAAACAUUGUUAAAUUGUCCUCAAAAUUGUCCUGAUCUCAAAAAAAUCUUGAUCUUUAGACAAUUUAUUGGCACUGAAUUUGAGAGGUCCAGGAUCUUGAAGAGAUCUGUAAACGGAUGUCCUGCAGUGAGACGCUGGUAUUUACUGGUUGCGGUUAUUUUCAUUAGUGUUUUAAAUUGAUGUAGAUUAUAAAUUAUAUUAAGGGACUAUUGAAGGUUAAAUGCUAACUGUUGGCUUUGUUAAGGAAUUUUUAAUUAAUCAUAACUAACAUUCCUUUGUCUCGCGGGAUUAACAUUUAUAUGCGUUAGAAAACUAAAUGUCCCCAACACUUGUGCCAAAAUGGGUCUAUAGCAAAAGGGGAAACUAAACUAGACAGCUGUCUAAAUAUAUAACCUCGUGACUUGAGUAAAAGCUGAAGUAUCAAGAAACCCAGAUUUGCUAGUAACAGAGAAUUAUACAUAUGAAGAACCAAUCAUAUUGGAGAAGAAUUAUGUAAUGAAUCAUGUUACCUUUUGUCAUGCUCCUAUUCUAUAAAAACUAUUGUACACUUUUUGUAAAGAGGAAUUCUCUUAAAUUGGUCCGAGAUCCUCCCGGCCAUGAUUAAAGCAUAUUCGAAGGCA